GCUUCUUGUAUUUCUAUCAUCCCUCACCAGGGCUUCAAAUGCUCGUGUAUUUUGCUCUCAGGCUCCCCCCUCAGCGCCAGUGUGUGCCGUUUGAAUUACCGGAGAAAGAAGCUGAGAGAAGCUCGUCCGACCUCCUACUAUUGGGCGUAAAUCGUCCAUCUGUGUGCCAUCAAACCUUUCUCGCCAGCUUACUCAUUCCCUCACUCUCGGAACGAGAGGAGAACGUCUCUGUUACAGAAACUAAAAGGGAGUCAUCGGGUAAAAGGCGAAGACUUUGGAGUUCUUGAAUUGGAGAUGUGUUUCGGUGAUGCCUUUUUUCCAUAAAGACUCAUGAUUGUCCAGUAAAAGAGCGGUAAUUACGCCUGUUUGGAUCCACAUGACACUGAACUUCGGAUGAAGAAAUCAAAAUCGAUCUAUUUGUCGAGCAUAGAGUGAUUGUUCAUGGUCAAGACUUAACCCAUGUUGGUUAUAGGUCGCCUGGAGGAUAUCUUGGGUUUCGUCAGUUUGCGACAUGACUUCCAGCUAUGCUCAUGUAAUGGAGAGUCCGAUCAGCGCAAAUCAGGAUCAUUUACAGGCUAAGAAGAACUUUUCCGUGAGCCACCUGUUGGAUCUGGAGGAGGCGCGGGAGAUGGUGGGAGCUCAAGCGGAGGAGAGCGCAGGAGAGGCGGCCAGGAGUAUGCUGGAGUCUCCGGGACUGACCAGCGGCAGCGACACGACACAGCAGGAGAAUGAGCAACUCAACUCAGAGGAGAAGAAAAAGCGUAAACAGAGGCGGAAUAGGACCACGUUCAACAGCAGCCAACUGCAGGCCUUAGAGAGAGUAUUUGAGAGGACGCACUACCCUGAUGCUUUUGUCAGGGAGGACUUAGCACGCCGGGUCAACCUCACUGAAGCUCGAGUGCAGGUGUGGUUUCAAAAUCGGCGGGCUAAGUUUCGGCGAAAUGAACGUGCAAUGCUGGCCAGUAAAAACGCCUCUUUGCUCAAGUCUUUCUCAGGAGAAGUAACAGCCAUAGAGCAGCCCAUUGUCCCACGACCCGCUCCCAGACCCAAUGACUACAUGUCCUGGGGCAGCUCACCAUCGUACAGCACCAUGGCAACUUAUUCUCCAUCAUGCGCUACCAACAACACAGCCCAAGGCAUGAAUAUGGCCAACAGUAUCGCCAACCUGAGACUGAAGGCCAAAGAAUACAGCCUGAACCAGGUGCCCACCGUCAACUGAAGUGGACAGCAGGGCUGUCAGAGAGUCUGAACCACAUGUCAGAGAACAAUCCCAAUGUCCUGACAACACCGGCCCCGUACUAUUGACAUAAAUAUUGUAUUCUGUCCUCUUAUAUGUGUUUUACUCUUAUCCAUCAAGGAAAAGAAGCAAAGGAGAAUUUCUUCAAGGUACAGAGCUUUCCUAAACCAAUGAUUUACAUAAGGCUGUCAUGUUCUUGGCAUGUGGGAAAAUUCUGGAAACUUUCUCUGUUCACACUCACUGUGGCAGCAUGAGUGUGGUCAUCCCGUUUGAAGAGCGUGGCUUACUAUAGAUUGCUUUCUCGAGACUGUUGCCGACCACAGGGAUUUGAUGACCUCUGUGGAAUCCAUAUACUACAAUCUUGUGGACAUCUGGGACGUGUUUAGGAUUUCCCCUUGAUUUCUCCUUGGAACUCAUAAAUAUGCACUGAGGCCACAAAUUGGGAUUUGGAUAUUUUGAUUAUUUGGAACCGGGUGAAAUUUGGCUUCCUUGUUACCGUACUCUAAAAUCACUUUUCACUGUUUUCAGUUUAAAACACGCCGGGGCUGUUUGUUCAUUUUGGCAUACACAGAACUCUAGUCAUGUAUGCAAGUAAUGAAUUUGGAACCUAGUUGAUUUUACCCAUUUAUAUUGUCUAAAUAUAUCUAAACAUGUAAUAUUCCUUUGCAAUAAAGACGUCCAAGCAGUGUAACAGCAUGGGUUAGAGUGUCCUCAAAUGUCUUUAUGGCCUACCAGAGAACACUUCUGCGAUUUACGCUGCAGCAAUUUGACCAUGUUUUUACCACAAAUGUGCUGACUGUUGAGCAUAGACUGCUCUCAAUCUCUGAUUUGUUCUGUUGCUGGCAACAGUUCCACAUACCAGAUAUUAAACCCUAUUACAUUAUGUACAUGUAUAGUCUUGGAGGAAGUGUUUUAGAAUAAAACUAGAUGAAAAGCAUACUCCCACUAUCGGCCCAUUUCAUUUACAGUAUUACACAAUAGAAGGCAGAUGAAAUUAUUCAGAAACCCAAGAGGGCAGAUGUUACAUGUGCUUUUCCAAAGCUAAACUCCUCAAAGUGUGUUUGUAGGCUCUCAUAGAUGGUUGUUACUCUUUCCUCCUCUCUGUGUGAACAUUUACCUUUAAACUGUAAAAUAACUCUUCGUCAGGACUCCUGGGGGCUUCGUGAGAAACAGCAGAAAGCUUUGCAAAAAUUCCUGCGGCUCUUUUCCUCUCCACCCGCUUUCCACUCCACUUCGGAGUGCACUUUUCUAAGGUAUACAAGGCAAAGCAAGGAAAUGACAAAAUGUAGCUAAUCAAACUGGCCAUUUACAAUGAGAUCCAAACACUUCUAGCGCUGUUGUUCUUCCCCUGCCAGCUAUCGUUCCAUUAAAGUGCUUGUGUAUUUGCUUUGGAUUUGAAAACGUUUUAAAGGUUGACGAGAAAAAUCAGCUGACAGGAGCGUUCGGAAAAACAGCCUGUGCGUUUUACUACCUGAUGAUGGAGUCUUUGGUGUCGCGUGGUGAGCUUUGAAUCCUUUAAGCAGUCUUCAGGGCCGGCGCUGUUCAAUUUUUGUUGAACAGGAAUGUUUACUUUCAAAACAGUCUGUUUAUGGCACAGGAAGCGAUCGUUUGAGUUUAAGUGGCCGCGGGCUGUUUUUGAAUGGCUGACACUGGCUUGUUUAUGUACCUGAUGGCUCCCUUGGUCUGCUGAUUACAUGUGACCUUAAGUGACCUCAGAGACAGUCAAUUGGAGGAAGGGGGUGAGCCGGUGAGUUGUUUUUAUUUUCAUCUGUCUUUCAGCUCCGUGAAAGAAAUCUGUUGGCUUUCAUAACUGUAAUGUAACUCUUUAAAUACGGCCCAGCGAUU